AAAGUGAAUACGCCUCCUCGAUGCCGAUGCAAAAAAAUUAUUCGGCGCCCACGAGCGACAAGAGCAAGAGCAGCGAGCGCAGCUCGGCAGCAAAGAGGAGUGUCUGCAUCGUUUGGUGGCCAGUGCCGCAGCCGCAGUGAAAGUUAUUUACGUUACAGUUACACACUCGUUACUAGAUACCAGUGAAAGUGGUCUGUGAAAUAUGUGCUGAUGGCUUCUUGAAACUCGGUGCGCCAAGAGUUGGUUCUCAAAGUUGUCGGUAUGAACCCCGAACCAGACGACCAAACCAACCUUACCCCCCAAGAGCUUCAGGUGCUCUCCGAAUUGGACAGCCGACAAUUCGGUUUCCUGAAGCUCAACACACCGGAGCAGCUCAAAAAGAAGGCUUUGCUGCUUAAGGCUGUAAAAUGUUUGGAAGAACUGGUGAUGGCCUCUCAGCGGCAGAAGGAGCGCAGCCGGAAACCCGAAAUGCCUUCCUCGACGUCGGAUAGCACACCAUCGAGCACGGUGCCGGACACCGAGCCGCAAGAAAAGCCCUCCUCAACUUGCUUGACGCCACAGCUGCUGGACAGCAAAGAGAUUAGCAUAGACCCCAAAACGUUUUGCAAACUAGGCCACUUCCAUUUGUUACUCGAUAAUUAUGCCAAAGCAAUGUCCGCAUAUCAGAAAUUCCACAAUUUGAGAACAGACCACUGGAAGGACACGCCGUUUCUCUAUGGUCUUGGGCUGGUCUAUUUCCAUUUCAACGCUUUCCAGUGGGCCGUGAAAGCAUUCCAACAAGUGCUCUACGUGGACCCCAGCUUCUCCAGAGCCAACGAGGUCCAUCUCAGACUAGGACUCAUCUUCAAAAUCAAUCAAAACCUCGUUGCGUCGCUGAAACACCUGCAACUCGCGCUCAUAGACGCCAGCCCAUGCACCUUUUCCAAGGUCGAAAUCCGCUUCCACAUUGCUCACCUCUACGAAGUCCAGGGCAAACACAAAGUAGCCAAGGAGCACUACGAAAUCCUUCUUAAAGACAAAGAUCUUCCCAAUCACCUGAAAGCUGACGUUUGCCGGCAAUUAGGAUGGAUGUACCACAGUGUUGACUCCUUCGGGGAAAAGCAUCCCAGGGAAACUGUCGCCAUCCACUGCCUGAACAAGUCGAUAGAAGCAGACCCAAAGUCUGGACAAUCACUCUACCUGCUCGGUAGAUGCUUUGCUAGUGUUGGCAAAGUCCACGACGCUUUCAUCGCUUACCGCAAGUCUGUAGAAAAAUCAGAAGGAAAUGCGGACACCUGGUGCUCAAUUGGAGUGCUGUACCAGCAGCAGAACCAGCCUAUGGACGCUUUGCAAGCGUACAUAUGCGCAGUUCAGCUAGAUAAAAGCCACACAGCCGCGUGGACCAAUCUCGGCAUUUUGUACGAAACGUGCAGCCAGCCGAGAGACGCGUGCGCCUGCUUCGUGAAUGCGACCAGAGGUUCAAGCAAACCCGUGAACCCGCACCUCACGCAGCGCAUAAAAUUCCUGCAGAACCACCUGGCAAGCGCUCCUAUGCCUAGCGUGAGCAGCAAGCGACGUCCGUUGCCAUCCAUCGAAGAAGCCUGGAACUUGCCGAUCUCUGCCGAGAUGAACUCGCGCCAGCAGCAACAGCAGGGUGGCAUGCACGCCGGACAGAUGAGUCUGCAGCAGCCGAUGGUCCAGCAGCGGCCCGGCCAGUCCUUCCAGAAAUACGGCACGCAGGGCUACCCGACCGGCCAGGCCAACGGAGGGGCGCCGCCCCCUUUUGCACAGAAUAAGCGGCUCAAGACGGAGGACGGCUCGCCAGCGCCGCCGCAGCAGCAGCAGCCGCGACCUUCCACCAUAUUCACGGCGCAGGACUUGAACUUGCUGCAUCAGCUGCAACAGAACCUGAACGCGUUGACGCCGGCCCAGCACAACAUGUUUCAGCAACUGAAACAGCGCUACAGCCAGGCUCGCUACCAGCAACAGAUGGUGGUGGCCCAGCGGCAGCAGCCGCCCGCGGGCGGCGCCGGGCAGGCGGCUGCCGUGGCUCAGGCGCAAUUCCGCAACGCCGGCUACCAGCAGCAGCCGCAAGCGCCGUUCCCCAACUACGGGCUGACCGCGUCCCGCUCGGACAACUCGUUCCAGCAGCCGCAGCAAGUGCAGAACCAACAAUUCUCGCCGGCGCAGCCGCAGCAGUCGGCCGCGCUGCCCACCGUCGGCAGGGACGAGCACCCGCACGUCAGCGAGCAGGACCUGCAGGCCAUCCUAACCCAGAAGGACCUGACCACGUCGCUGGCCGAGGACCUGCUCAAGCAGCUCAGCCCUGGUGAGGAUCUCUCGAGUUUCAUCGACGCAAAGUCGAACCCGACGCCGCCGCUGAACCAGCAGGACGUGAAGCCUUCUGAGGCGCAAUUGGCCGCCGCCCUCAAGCAAGAGCCCGUCAUGGUUCCCCAAGCUAGCUCCUCGUCCGCCUCGCCCCAAUUUCAGACGCCACCUACCAGAUCCAAGACACCUGAAAUCAGGGUACAAUCCCCAGAGACAUUCAUCAGUGCAGACAGCUGCUUCAAUGAAGAAACGUCAGUGGACAUUACCUAUUCCGCAGAUGACAUAUUAGAAAAUAUUCGAGCUUCGGCGACGCGCACUGGUGGUUUCUCUUCGCUGCUGAACGACAAGGUGGCGCCGCCGUGCCCGCCUGAGCCUCCAACGCACCGUCACACAAGGGAGCAGCUUCAGCCGCCAACCCCGUCCGUGUUCCUGGAACACAAGAAGGAUGCGUUUAGUCCGCAGCUGCAGGAGUACUGUCUCAAACACCCCAUCGCGGUUGUUAGAGGCAUCGCCAGUGCUCUCAAAAUGGACCUUGGAUUGUUUUCCACUAAGACCUUAGUCGAGGCGAACCCGGAACACACAAUCGAGGUCAGGACGCAAAUCCAGCAAACCUCUGAUGAAAAUUGGGACCAGCAGCUCAACAGCAAGGGCUGGGGCUGCGCCAGCCACAGGUCGCACUCCACUAUUGCCAAGUAUGCGCAGUACCAAGCUUCGUCUUUCCAAGAAUCUCUCAGGGAGGAGCGCGAUAAAGCAUCGGGCCUCCACAGCAGCACCUUGUCCGACUCAGACUCGAAGGAUUCUACGGGCAACCCACGCAAGAAACACAAGAAGAGCGGCGGACACAAAAUGCUGCGCUUCGGCACCAACGUUGAUCUCUCGGACGAGCGCAAGUGGCGUCCGCAGCUGCAGGAGCUGAUGAAGCUGCCGGCGUUUGCCAGGGUGGUCUCGGCGGGCAACAUGUUGUCGCACGUUGGCCACGUGAUCCUCGGCAUGAACACAGUGCAGCUGUACAUGAAGGUGCCGGGCAGUCGAACGCCGGGCCACCAGGAAAACAACAACUUCUGCUCGAUCAACAUCAACAUCGGGCCCGGCGACUGCGAGUGGUUCGCCACGCCCGACUCGUACUGGGGCUCGAUCCAGCAGCUGUGCGAGAAAAACAACAUCAACUACCUGCACGGCUCGUGGUGGCCCAACCUGGACGAUCUCAUGGAGGCCAACGUGCCUGUCUACCGCUUCGUGCAGCGCCCUGGCGACCUCGUGUGGGUCAACUCGGGCUGCGUCCACUGGGUGCACGCCAACGGCUGGUGCAACAACAUAGCGUGGAACGUAGGCCCGCUGACGGCGCGCCAGUACAUGCUGGCCAUCGACCGCUACGAGUGGAACAAGCUGCAGCAAUUCAAAUCCAUCGUGCCCAUGGUGCACCUCUCCUGGAAUCUCGCCAGGAACAUCAAGGUCUCGGACAGCAAGCUGUACGAACUGAUCAGGGGUGUAUUGCAUAAGACGCUGCGCAAGUGCUUAAUCAUGAUCGAGUACGUGAAGUCAAAGGAAAUUGAAAUCAAGUUCCACGGCAGAGGCAAAAACGAGGCCUCCCACUACUGCGGACAGUGCGAGCUGGAGGUGUUCAACAUUUUGUUCAUCCGAGAGCAAGAGAAGCGGCACGUGGUGCACUGCAUCGACUGUGCCAGGAAACAGUCGCCCAACCUGGACGGAUUCGUCUGUUUGGAAGAGUACAAAAUUGAUGAGCUGAUGGAUGUGUACGACAGUUUUGUCCUCCAUCCUCAGCCAGUCGUGAUGGUUAGUAAACCAAAUCCAGUGCCCCAUCAAAAUGCGCCGAUGGUGGCGCCGCCUGUGCAGCCGGCCUCGUCGCAGCAGAUGUCAGUGGUGUCGGCGGUCACCUCGUGAUGUUAAGAGACUCGCGUAAUCGGAGGGAGUGAAGAAGAAAUUAAUUGCUACCACCACCAUGUACAGAAGUUGUGUUGUUUUUAAGAGAAACCAAGGACCCUGAAUAUUAUUUAUUGACUGAACGACUCUCGUGAAUUUUUUUAUGUUUGUUAAACGGUGACGAGACAUUAAUAUCUUGUGAUAAAAGACUGAAACACAAUGAACGGAGAUGGCGGCGGCGUGAGGCAACCACAACUGGAAAAGCAAGCGAAGAGCAAUUAGCACUGCCAAUUACCACAAUCUUUCCCCGAAGCCAGGGCGAAGGAACAUUGAUUUUAUUUUUCUUCAUUACUCUCGAAAGGAUCGGACUCUCCUUCUGUUUUUUUUUUUUCAUUUUUUUUUUUGUUGUGUCGUUAUUGCGUGUAUAAAAAUUGCUAGAAUUAAGAGGUUAGCUGUUAGCAGUUUGUAAUUUUAGCAAACAAACAAAGUUUAUCCAAUCAACAACUAAAUUAUUGAUCUCUGUAAGAUAACUGCAGACCGAUGAACACGUUCGGUUGGUGAGUCAUCAGCUUCUCUCGUCCACACAAAGCUAGCUGUCAUUGCCUUCGAUUUAUCAACUCGAAUCAAUCAACAAAACAAAAAAUAGAGCGACGGAUGCACUCGUUCGUCAACAAGUUGUGAAUUUUGUAUCAUGCUUGCUUUCGGGCUCACAGCACUUCACUGCCAGUGGUUUAAGUCAGGAAAUAAUAAUACAAACAAAUCCCACCACCAUGUGAUAGAAACAAAAACAAACAAUGCUCCGUGGAUUUGAUACUGCCUAUUUUCACGAUCGAAUAUGUCUCAAUAAAAUGUGUAACGCGUCUCUUUGUCUGUAACCACAACUUGGGUCGGCUUCGUAGUCAAGAAACCAACCACCUCUAGCCGUGGUGCGACCAUUUAUCACACUUUGAACCUCACUAAAACCUAGAACAGUUGUAAAAAAGCCAUGCUUGCAGGAGAGUCUAGUAAUGCCUUUUCUCGAUCGAAUAUAAUAUAUAUUAUAGUUGGGCAGUGUUUUUGCCACCUCUUUUUACGAACUACCACCAUUCAAAGAUACACGAAAAUAGCCGAGUGCCUUUUUUACUGUUCCACUUACCGACCCAUAGCGUUUUUUAAGAACCAAUCAUCAGUUUUCUAAUACGUACAAACCACAAACACACACAUUAUCAUGCAAGUAAUUUAUUAUUCAACACACAAACUGCCAGCAAGUUGAACAGCUGCUUGAGAGAAAUUAAUGAAACGUGUUUUUGGCCCAGGAGAGUGAGUGAGUGAAGCACUUGUAAAAAUUAACUCGAAAAUUAAUAUAAAAGAAUUAGUCUGUCUGUUAAUCGGAAGUCACGCAGGCGAGCAAUCAUAAAAUUAGCACGAAUAUGAAUUAUUAUUUAUUAUAUAUUCACGCAUAAAACAGGCGACGGCCAAAGAAGAGUGUAUAAAAGAAGCAGAUAAGUAAAUGUGUACAUGCGAAGCUUGCAUAUUGUAAUGAUUAAAUAUAUUAAUUGAAUUUUAAAUGUACCACUGUAAUUACCGAGAUCGGCUAAAAAUUGGAUUUAUCGAUGCUUCUUUAGGAUUGAGUGUUUGCUGAUAAGGGAAAGUUGAAACAGCUCAGGUGACAAAUUGUGUAGAAAUGACGUCUUUGAUGAUGAACGGCAUCCUUUUUCUCCUUGCAGAUGGCACUUUAACUUUUGUUGACUGUUUGACAAAUCAGAUUUUCUAAUUAAUAUGCUUGUUACCCUUUUUUCUGUGUGUGCUCGGCCGAAUAUUCAUGAUGCUUGAUGCCGAAACCAACAAUGCUUUCACUUUUUACUGACGAUGCUGCCAUUUUUUUUAAUUUACAUUGAGGGUAUUUUGUUAUUCUUUAACACCUCUCGAGUUUGUGGCAACGAAAUUUUUUCGUGUCUUGAUUUUGUAAAAAUUUCUUUUGUCCGCGAAAAUGUCUAUGAAAAGUUGCUAAGCAGUGUUCAUCAUCAUUGUGUGACUUGUUUCAAUAAAUUAAAUUCAAAUGUGA